GUGAGAAGCUUCCUGUGUAACCCUGAGCAGCUGGUUUGGUCAGAGUGCGUGUGUUAUUGCAGGAUGUGGUGAACGCGAGAGGUGGUGCCGCUCACAGCUCGGUUAGGACAACGAGACGUGGCGCGCACUCAGCGACGGACAGCAGCUGGAAGACUCGAGCGAAUUAAAGUUCGUUGGGAAGGGCGGAAAAUCACGGGCCGACGGCCGCUCCAUACAAGGCAAGGUCGGGUGGGGAGCAGUUUAGGGAGCGCUGAUCCAAUCAUCUGCGCCCCUGGGAAGAGCCCGGAACCGAGCGACGCGACUCGUUUUGUUUUCUGAACAGAUUUGUAAACGUCCGAGAUGCUUCUGUAGAAGCUCUCUUGUUUCUUCACUUGUUUAGCUUUUAGUUUUGUUGUUUGUUUUGUGUAACGUUACUUUGGAGAUGAGUGCGUCAGUAAACGGAGUGGAACCCAAACCAACGGUCAGUCAGAACGGACCGGGUUCUGUUCCUCCGAGCCCCAAGGAUGUCAAAUCACCCGAGCUACCCGAGAUACCAGACGAGGAGCCGCAGUCUGCUGUGUCGGACGCCACUCAGAUGGGAAUUAAGUUCGCCAAGACAUUCCUGCUGAUUUUCCCCAUAUACGUGCUAGGAUAUCUAGAGUUCAGUUUCAGCUGGGUCCUCAUCAUCCUGGCCGCGCUGUUUUGGCUCAGACGGAACCAGGGCAGCAGAUUCGCUCGGGUGAACAAGGCGCUGGAGUUUCUGGAGCAAGAGGAGCGAGCGGUGCGACAGACCGUCCAGAGCUCAGACCUGCCGCCGUGGGUUCAUUUUCCAGAUGUGGAGAGAGUGGAGUGGCUCAACAAGACUGUACAUCAGAUGUGGCCAUAUAUUUGCCAGUUUGUAGAUAAAAUCUUCAGAGAGACCAUUGAACCGGCAGUGCAGGGAGCCAAUGCGCACCUUAGUACAUUCACCUUCUCCAAGAUAGACAUGGGGGACAAGCCUCUCAGGGUGGAUGGAGUGAAAGUUUAUACAGAGAAUGUAGAUAAACGACAGAUUAUUAUGGACCUACAAAUCAGUUUUGUCGGAAACACUGAAAUUGAUGUGGAUAUUAAGAAAUACUACUGCCGUGCAGGAAUCAAGAGCAUACAGCUUAAUGGUGUGUUGAGGGUCAUCAUGGAGCCAUUGCUUGGAGACAUGCCUCUGAUUGGUGCACUGUCUUUGUUCUUCCUCAAGAAACCUUUGCUGGAUAUAAACUGGACGGGUCUUACAAACAUGCUGGACAUCCCUGGAAUAAAUGGUCUGUGUGACGGCAUUAUUCAGGAUAUCAUAUACAGUUAUCUCGUGCUCCCAAACAAAAUCACUGUUCCGCUUGUAAAUGAAGCACAGAUUUCCAAACUCCGCUUCCCCAUGCCAAAGGGUAUUCUGCGGAUUCACUUUCUGGAGGCACAGGACCUGGUAGGGAAGGACACGUUUCUGGGUGGUCUGAUAAAAGGGAAGUCAGACCCGUAUGGCGUCAUUAAGCUUGGCAAUCAACUCUUCAGAUCCAAAAUCAUCAAGGAAACAGUUAAUCCUAAAUGGAAUGAAGUUUAUGAGGCAUUUGUGUACGAACAGCCAGGACAGAAUCUGGAGAUAGAGCUUUAUGAUGAGGACCAUGAUAAGGAUGAUUAUUUGGGAAGCGUUACCAUCAAUGUAGAUGAACUAGAGAAGGAACAGAAAGUAGAUGAGUGGUUUGUACUUGAUGAUGUUGCUACAGGAAAGCUUCACCUGAAGAUUGAAUGGCUUUCUCUUCUUCCUAAACCUGAUAAACUCGAUGAGAUUUUAAGCAUCAUUAAAGCAGAUAAAGGGCAGGCCAAUGAUGGACUGUCAUCAGCAUUACUGUUGGUGCAUCUGGACUCGGCCAAAAAUCUGCCAAGUGUUUUUGAGGGGCACGUGGGCAGUGGGUGUCUGAGAGAGCGCCGCUCUGCCGGGCUGGUGUUCUGUGAAAACACUUCUGCCCUCUACAGGACGAUGUUUCGCAAUCCUUUAGAAUUCAACAAUGCAGGUCUGAAGAAGGGUACAGUCAAUAAAGCGCUAAAGUCUGGUAAAAAGGUCACCAGUGUGCCCAGUCCAUUCGUCCAGUUUACUGUGGGACACAAAUCCUUUGAGAGCAAGACAAGAUAUAAAACCAAUGAGCCGCUUUGGGAGGAGGCCUUCAUAUUCCUGAUCCACAAUCCAAAGUGUCAAGAACUCGAAGUGGAGGUAAAGGAUGAGAAGCACGAGUGUUCCCUGGGGACGAUUUCUCUUCCUCUGUCAAAGCUGCUGCAGGAGGAUCAGAUGACUCUCAGUCAGCGAUUCAUACUCAAGAACUCAGGACCCGGUGCUUCGCUUAAGAUGAAGAUGGCACUUAGGAUUCUCUCUACGGAUAAGUUGGCUGUAUCCGAUCAGCCGUCCUCAGUUCAGGUCCGACGCCCCAGCUCCAGCGUGACCCCCAACCCCUCUCCUCAGCGGCCCAAUGUUUCAGAGCCCACCCCAGCAUCCAAAACCCAGCAGCCGACCCCAGCGCCCAGAACCCAACCCACCCCAACACCCUCCCCGCGGGUGGAGCCCGUGAUAGACAACAGGCCAUUAGAGGACUCACCAACCCGUCUGACUAAAUCGGGGCGGAGCACGUCUAACCUGGCCAUUUCUGGCUCUAAUCUACACCUAAACAGCAAGGAGCCAACACCCAGCAUAGCAUCUGACAUCUCCAACCCCAGCACCGCCCAGGAGCUACAGAGGACAAUACAGCAAUUACAAAAUGGCGCCUCACCUGGUUUCGCUCCAUUGGGUGAGAUUCAGUUAACCAUCAGACACAGUCCCCAAAGAAACAAACUAAUCGUCGUGGUACACAGCUGCAGGAAUCUGAUCUCUUCUACUGAAAAUGGUUCUGAUCCAUAUGUCCGUUUGUAUCUGCUGCCUGAUAAACGACGCUCGGGACGCAGAAAAACUAACACAAUAAAGAAAACAGUGAAUCCUGUCUACGAUCAAACGUUUGAAUUCAGCGUGUCACUUGUGGAGUUGCACAGAAGAACACUAGAUGUGGCUGUAAAGAAUGGAGGAGGAAUUCUGUCAAAACACAGAGGGCUGCUGGGAAAGGUGUUAGUUGACUUGACCUCUGAGGAUAUAUCAAAGAGCUCUACACAAUGGCAUGAGCUUUCAGUGGACGGGCUGAGGCGACAAACCCCUUAAUCAAAGGAGCAAACUUCUUUCUGCCUACACACACUGUAUAAAAAAAAAAAAACUACAAUUCCCUACGCAAGACUCCAGACUUCAGCCAUAUUUAAGCCAUGUGUUUUAGCCUGUGGGCAGAAUUUGUACAUGUUGGAUCAGAUUUUAUCACUUUUAACAGAUUUACAGUGUGAAAGAAGAAAAACGCUAUUGAUGUUAUGCACUGACUUAGCAAGAGUGAGAGAAUGAGAGAGUGAGUGUUUAGAAAUUUUUAAAGUUAAAAAGGGAUACGGUUCAGCGGCAUCUGUUGGAUUGAUUAGUUGUUUACACAUUAAGACUUCUAAACCAAGAGUGGCAAACUCUAACAUCUUCCGCCGUUCACACAUUAAUGGUGGAGAGAUUAUAUAAUAUAUAUGUAAUUGAGCUCAGACUGUAAGUGUAUAUAUAAAAUAAAUAUUAAAGAGGAAUUAUAGUAUUUGGAAAAGUUUGAUACAUAUUAACCUUAAGAGUUCUUGUUGAACAAGCACUGAACUCAUGCUUGCUUUGAAAGUGUUAUAUAAUAUAAUCUCUGUUAAUGUCUACAAAUGCUCCUUUUAGGAGAUGGAUUUACCAAAGAAGUACUCGGCUCAUUAUAAAGUGUGUGAUUAAACCAAAUAUGCACCUGAAUGUUUUACACACCCAAGUGUUCAUAUGUACAUGUUAUAUGUUCUCUGGUGUGGUUCAGCAUCCACCAUCAGCACUGGCUGUCGCUGCUUAGACAUGCAUGGGCAGCUGCAGUGUGAUAUCUAAUGCUGCCAUAUCUCUGAAUCUUGUUUGGCCUUUCUGUAGCACUCUGUCACAUGUUCGCUCCUUAUUCAAAAACACCUGGUCACGUCUCACCCACUACAUCCCAGCUGUGCUUCCUCAAUCAUAUGCAUCUCAGAGGUAUAUAAGAUGUCUUGUGUGUAGUAUGAUAUGAAGUGAAGGUUGUGGUUUGGUCUGCUGCGGUGUCACUGAGCUGAGCUUACGGAUAUGCAGAUGGUCAAGCCUCAAACUGUUUUGACUUUAUUCCUGUCAGCAAGAAUGUUUUUAUUGUAUAAAUUAUUGUGAAUAUUAAUGACAGAUUUUAUUAUGCUUAUUAUUAUAAUUAAGACUUAUCACAAAAAGCAAACAUAUGCAGUCAGAGCAACUCUCUGCUGAGCUUGCCUUAUUGAUGUAUAUACAUAUUUCCCGUGCCUUAUGACCAACAAUAUACUUACCUUAGAAGAAUAUUGGCAUCAGAUAUAGCAUUGUAAAUCUGUAUUUGAUGAUGUCCACUGUUUUCUUUUCAAUAAACAAUUUAUUCUAUAUCAGUAAA